UUCCUUUCUUAGCUCAAUGGUUACCUCAUCAUCUCUUAAUUCACACACAAGCGAAUUUCCCCCAACCCCAUAUAUUUCAUUUCGAUGCAACAAAAAUAAGAAGAAGAUGUUUUAUCUGUUAUAUUUUAAUUCGACGAAUUGCUUCGUCCUGAAUUAAGGUUCUGACAGCCCAGCAACAGGGACCGACCGUUGUCAAUUCAACGUACACUCCCAUGGCGGCGUUAAACUAAUCCCAUCUAUUCCACCACCUCUACAACUUGGUGUGUUGCAUAUAUAUUUCGACGCCGGUUCAAACCCAAACUAGUUGCAGCUACCUACUGAGGGCCUAGUCGUGUUUCGACCACGUACGUAAAUUAAUAACCCUAGGUUGAAGUCUUAGUAGUUCACCGUUUUUCGUUGUGAAAUAUAUGUGUUUUCUAAAGGUGGCGAAUCCGAGCAGAGACAGAGACGACGAGCGCGCCGCCGCGGCGGGGCAAGGAAAUGAGACCGACCAAACUCAUGAACAGAGAGACCUUAUCGAAGAGUGGCUGCUAUUUGAGCCCCUGCUUUUUUCUCAGCAACAACGACGUGGUGCUGGUGGUAGUAGUGGUGGUGGUGGUGCUGGAGGAAUAUUAGCUUCGUCGUCAAUGCUGUUGCGGUUGGAUAGGGAGAGGGAGAUGUCGGCAAUGGUUUCGGCUCUGACGCAUGUGGUGACAGGAGAGGAGCAGACUAGGUUUGAUGUGGUUAACGGUUCGGAUUCGCCGGCGGGGAAUGGUUUGUGCGGUGGCGUUGGAAGUAAGAGAGAAAGAGAAGAGGAAGGAGGUGGUGGUGGACAGAACAUGUCUGAGUCGGUUUCAAGGCUUCCACAACAGGGCUCACCUUCAUCCUCCUCUGUUUUUCCAGAGAACUCGAUCACAAGAACUCGAAGGACUACUAGCACCACACCACCUGUACAAACAGCAUAUGAAUAUAGUGCACCUCAAUUAUCAGAACAACCAAUAAGGAGAAAAUACAGAGGAGUGAGGCAGAGGCCAUGGGGAAAAUGGGCGGCUGAGAUCAGAGACCCGUUCAAGGCUGCCAGAGUCUGGCUAGGCACAUUCGACACAGCAGAAGCCGCCGCGCAAGCCUACGACACAGCCGCCCUGCGCUUCCGAGGCAACAAGGCAAAACUCAACUUUCCGGAAAACGUCAGACUCCGAUCACUACCAUCAUCAGCUGCAGAAAAUCCAAUGACGACGCAACCUACAGUUUCGGGUUCUUCGAAUGCCCUCCUGUCUAUUCCUACAUCCACCGAACCUAUUGUUCACUCCCAAGCAGCUGCUUCAUUCCAACAACAACGGCCUAUGAAUCUUUAUGAUCAGAUGGUUUUGUUAUCUUCGUCUUCAUCUCCAUCAGCUACUUCUUCUUCUACACUCGCCUCCUCUGUUUCCUCUGCUUCUUCUUCGCCACCACCGCCUGCCUUUUCCUCACUUUUUAGUGCUCAGGCAACGUCACCGGUUCAGCUCAGACAACCUACCGGUGAUCAGAGUGGCGGAGCUGAUUUUUCAGUGCAGCAGCAAUGGUCAACGAGCUCCGGUCAUUACAGUACUUCCUAGAUGAUCGAUUUGAUCAUUUUUUUUUCCCGCUUCUUUCUUUUUUCCAUUAAACAUGACAUUUUUUUCGGUUGUGAAAUCCGUUCUCGUUAGUUGCUGCAUCAUUUCCUUAGCCAUACUCAUAAAUAAAAUUUUAUUUUGUAUUCUA